AUGGCGGAGCCGAAAUGUGGUAAGAACUUUUUCUCAAGAAGAGGGUCCGAGGGUGUGCUUCUGAGUGCGAGGUGCGAGAGUUUGAUUGACUUGCUUUGUCUUAUACUUAUUGUUUCUCGCCCACAGCAUGCAGCAGAAACAGAAAAGAGACAGAAUGAAGCAGAAGGAAAGAAAUUAUUGGGACAAGUCAUCCAGUACGGGCGCACUAUACAGCUCCUUCACCUGAAAUCCAACAAGUACCUGACCGUGAACAAGCGACUGCCGGCGCUGCUAGAGAAGAACGCCAUGCGGGUCUACCUGGACGCCAACGGCAACGAGGGGUCGUGGUUCUACAUUAACCCGUAUUACAAGCUGCGGCUGACGGGGGACAAUGUGGUCGUCGGCGACAAGGUGAUUCUCAGUCCCGUGAACGCCGGCCAGCAGCUUCACGUAUCCAGCAUGAACGAUCUCCCCGACCAUCCAGGUUGUAAAGAGGUGAAUGUCCUGAACUCGAUGACGAGCUGGAAGAUCUCGCUCUUCAUGGACUACAGGGAGAACCAGGACGGGAUCCUCAAAGGGGGAGACGUGAUACGACUUUUCCACGCGGAACAAGAGAAGUUCCUCACCAUGGACGAGUACAAGAAGAAGCAUUGCGUGUUCCUGAGGACAACCGGGCGGACCACGGCCACCACUGCGACAUCCAGUAAAGCCCUGUGGGAGGUUGAGGUGGUCCAACACGACCCGUCGAGAGGAGGCGCAGGGCACUGGAAUUCCCUGUUCCGCUUCAAGCACCUCGCCACAGGACAUUACCUCGCAGCCGAGAUCGACGAGGACCCCACGCCCGACCCUACCAGGACCAAGCUGAGAGAUCCCAAUGGUGGACCAGUGUAUCAGCUGGUCUCAGUGCCACUAAGCAAUGACAUCGCCUCCAUUUUUGAGCUUGAGCCCACCACCCUGAUCAGAGGGGACUCCAUGGUCCCCCAGUCCUCCUAUGUGAGGUUGCGGCACCUUUGCACAUCCACAUGGGUUCACUCAACAUCAAUUCCCAUUGACAAGGAUGAGGAAAAGCCUGUGAUGUCAAAGGUUGGAUGUGCACCCAUCAAAGAAGAUAAAGAAGCUUUCUUCUUGGUGCCUGUUCAUGCAAAGGAAGUGAGAGAUCUUGACUUUGCUAAUGAUGCCAGUGAGGUUUUAGCGAAGCAUGCAAAGAAACUUGAGAAAGGAGCUAUUCCUCAAGCAGAAAGAAGAUCCCUGAUAUUUUUGCUACUUGACCUUGUAUAUUUUAUUGCUGAGAAGGAGCAUGAACAAAACAAAAGUGAAAAUUUAGCUUUGGGAUUAGAUGUGACAAAUCCUAAUAGGGAUCGACAAAAACUACUCAGAGAACAAGACAUUUUAAAGCAGAUUUUCAAGAUUCUUCAGGCACCUUUUACGGAGACACAAGGUGGGGAUGGUCCACUCCUAAGAAUUGAUGAGUUGAAUGAUCCACGGAAUGCUGCUUAUAAGACAAUCUUCCGUCUCUGCUAUAGACUUUUAAAACUUGCUCAACAAGGAUACAGAAAGAAUCAGGAAUAUAUUGCUCAGCACUUUGGUUUCAUGCAAAAGCAAAUUGGCAUUGAUGUCUUGGCAGAAGAAACAAUUACAGCUUUACUUCACAAUAACCGCAAACUGUUAGAAAUACACAUUACUGCUGCAGAAAUAGAAACGUUUGUUGGACUGGUGCGAAAGAAUAUGCAUAAGUGGGACUGGAGAUUUUUGGAUUAUUUGAAGGUGUUGUGCAUCUCUAAUAACCAAGCUAUUGCUCGAACACAAGAAUUGAUUUGCAAAAGCGUGUUCAGCGAGAAGAAUAAAGACAUUCUUAUUGAAACCAGACUUAUUGAAGCGGAUAUUGAAGUUGAGGUGGAUGUUGAGGGCAAUGGUCCUAUGCUUGCCAUUGAACAGGAUGAAGAAGUUGUGUUAACUUGGAAUAAUGGAGAGUGCUCAAAGUCCAUAGAGGAGCUGGCAAGCCGAGCCAAUAUGGGUGACUCAGAUGGUGGCGAGGACAAGCUCAUAUUGGAAUAUUACAGACACAUGCUGGAUCUCUUCUCCAACAUGUGCCUUGAUAGACAGUACCUAGCAAUAAAACCCCUGUCACCUUUACUCAAGAUUAACCUUAUGCUCAAAUGUAUGGAGAUGGAGAUUCUUCCAUAUGAUCUACGUGCAUCUUUCUGCCGUCUAAUGUUACACAUGCAUGUAGAUUGUGAACCCCAGGAAAUGGUCACACCAGUCAAAUAUGCUAGGCUGUGGUCAGAAAUUCAGCCACAGAUGUCCAUUGCCGACUAUGACAAGCAUGCAGCCCUUCAUAGUGCUGAGGCUGCAGAGACUACAUUCAGAGAAGUCAUCCUCUUUGUGGAGGAAUACCUCUGUAAUGUAGUGGACAAGAUGUGGAGCUUUUCUGAUCCUGAACAGAAUAAGCUCACAUAUGAGGUUGUGCAUCUUGCAAGGUACCUUAUCUACUUUGGAUUCUACAGCUUCAAUGAACUGUUGAGGCUCACCAAGACUCUACUGUCAAUUUUAGAUUGUUCAUUUGACAGCGAUACAAAAUAUUUUCCCAACAACAUUCCUGCUGGAAGGAUAAGCGACACAGGGGGAGUGAUAAAGACUCUCGGAGACAUGGGCGCCGUUGUGACAAACUUGGCUCUAGGGACCAACAGGAUGGGCACCAGGAUCUCCGGUGGAGGGACCAGUCGCAAGAAGAAGUCGGGAGCGGCAGACAAGGAGGAUCUUUUUGUCAUGGACACCAAGCUCAAGAUCAUAGAGAUUCUAGAGUUCAUUCUCAAUGUGCGUUUGGACUACAGAAUCAGCUGUUUAUUGUCUAUCUUCAAGAAAGAGUCUGAUGAGAAUCCGAGUUCUUUAACUGGAGAUGGAAUCUCUCAAGGUCUGAAAAAUAAAAAUCUUGAAAAUAUUUGGGCUCAGGCCCAAAACAUUUUUGAUGAAACGAAAGAAAGCUCGUGCCUAGAUUUGGACGGCGAAGGUGGGAAGAAGUUUUUGCGUGUUUUACUGCAUCUGGUCAUGAGUGGGUAUGCGCCUUUGGUUUCACGAUCACUACAGUUGCUUUAUCGUCACUUCUCACAGAGGCAGGAAGUUCUUCAAAACUUUAAGCAGGUUCAACUUUUGGUUCAAGAUGGGGAUGUGGAAUCAUACAAGCAAAUAAAAGAAGACUUGGAUGAUUUGCGCAACUUGGUUGAAAAAUCAGAACUCUGGGUUUACAAGCCACGUACCACUGAAGAAGAUGGAGGUGGAACUAAAAAGAAGAAGAAGAAGGCAAAGGAAGAAGAUGAUGAUGAUGGUGAGAGUAAACCAAAGAAGCAUCCUGCACCCAUGUUGUCAUCACAGGACAAGCAGGGUUCAGCAAUUGACCUUGGACUUGGUCCACCCUUAGAGCCUGACCAGUUGGAGAACUACAAGCGCAUACAACAGAUUCUAGUUAGAAUGAAUAAACUGUGUGUGACCCAGUCAGCCCAUGGACACUUGACACCCAAGAGAAAUGAACAGCGACUAUUGAGGAACAUGGGCAUCCAUUCUGUUGUUUUGGAUCUGCUUCAGAUUCCUUAUGACAAAAAGGAGGACAAACGUAUGAAUGAACUUAUUGAGCUGGCACAUCAGUUUCUUCAGAACUUCUGCUUAGGUGAUCGUCAGAAUCAAGCACUCCUUUACAAGAGAAUUGACCUCUUCCUUAAUCCUGGGCUCCUGGAGGCCAAGACUGUAUGUGCAGUGUUCAAAGACAACUCCCAGCUUUGUGGUGAAGUGUCUGAACGUGUCAUUCAACACUUCAUCCACUGCAUUGAAACUUAUGGCCGCCAUGUACAAUACCUCAAGUUCCUCCAGACAAUUGUCAAAGCAGAGGGACAGUUUAUCAGAAGGAGUCAAGAUAUGGUGAUGCAAGAGUUGGUUAGUGCUGGUGAGGAUGUGCUUGUGUUCUACAAUGAGAGAGCUUCAUUCAACAUGUUCAUUGAAAUGAUGAAGGCAGAUCGUAACAGGAUGGAUUACGAUGAGAGUAGUCAACUCAGAUAUCAUAUAGAACUGGUGAAACUGCUGGCGUGCUGCACCGAGGGAAAGAAUGCUUCAACGGAAAUCAAAUGUCAUAGUCUCUUACCUUUAGAUGACAUUGUGGCAAUGGUUGAACACAAGGAUUGUAUUCCAGAGGUUAAAGAGGCCUAUAUCAAUUUCCUCAAUCACUGCUACAUCGAUACAGAAGUUGAGAUGAAAGAAAUUUAUAAUUCCCACCACAUUUGGAGUCUGUUUGAGAAGUCUUUUCUGGUUGACAUGGGCCGAGUUGCCACUGCUCCACCUGAUAGAAGGCAUGCUGACAAAGCCUUGGAAAACUAUGUAAUCAACUCUCUCAUGAAUAUCAUCACAACCUUCUUCAAUAGUCCAUUUUCUGAUCAGAGCCAGACAAUUCAGACACGGCAGCCAGUGUUUGUGCAACUGCUCCACCAUGUGUACAGAGUCAGCCAAGCCGUCUUGGGACACCAGAGGGUCAAUGUAGAGAACUGUAUAAAAACUCUUACUGAAGUUGCUCGCAAGCAUAAUAUCUCCAUUCCUAGUGACCUGGAAGCUCAAGUUGUAAGCAUGUCCCAGCGCACUAACAUCAUCAUGUCCAGGACGGCGACCCAGUGGAGCAAAAGAGCCACACGAAGGGAUGCUUCAUCUACAUCUCUGUCUGGUAAGAUGGAUCAUCUAGUAAUCGAGCAAGACUUUCACUCUGUGGUGUCCGUACUGGAAGCAGAGCUUCGUCCACUGGUUGCUGCUGAGUUGUCUGUUCUGGUAGACAUUCUGUACCAACCACACUUGCUCUUCAGACCUGAUAGUGAAGCCAGUAUUAAGUGCCAGAAUGGAGGUUUCAUUUCUAGGCUUAUUCAUCACUGUGAGGUGUUGCUGGAGGAGAAAGAUGAGAAGCUCUGUAUACAAGUUCUGAAGACACUCAAGGAUAUGAUAACUGACUCAGAGUAUGGAGAGAAGGGAGAUGCAUUGCGAGAGCUGCUUCUGAACAGGUAUUUUGACCAGUGGUCGAAGAGGGAGGCUGCAGAUUACAACACAAGGCAGUCACCAGGCCAAGGAGAUAUAGUUCAGCGUCGUUCAGGCAAAACACUUGCCGAGGUACAGUGUGACUUGGCCAAGAAAGGAGCAGCAGUUCUGGUAGUGGACUUGGUGAUGAAAAGCCAGAAGUGCAACAGGAUAUUUGUAGAGGCUGUGGAACUAGGUAUAGCACUCCUUGAAAAUGGUAACCGGGAGAUUCAGGACAUGCUCUACAAUAAACUGAGGGAGAGUGAUAAAUCACAGAACUUUUUUAAGGUGUUUAGUACCAAAAUGAAAGAAGCAGUACAGGAGAUUCGCAAUACUGUCACAGUCAAUACCUCAGACAUAAGUGCUAAAAGUAGCGAUGAUAAAGAUGCACAGAAGGAUGGAGACAAGUUAACAAGAAAGAAAGGAGUCCACAAGCUCAAUGGUCUAGUGAUGAAUGACGAGAUCCGAGAAGAACUUUCUGCAGCAGCAUCUGUGACCUCCCAGGCCUAUACAAAUAUCAGAGCUGGAAAUACAGGUGAUGAUAACAACUUAGGGAUUAGUCCACUAGAAGAAGCCUCUGAUUUUGGAGGUCGAGGUAAUAAGGAAGCUGCUGCAGACAACCCAAAGCUCUCUGAGAAGAUUAGUGUAAUGGAACCAGUGUUAAGAUUUCUGCAGUUACUCUGUGAAAACCAUAAUCUUUAUCUACAGAACUACUUGAGGGACCAAAGGAACAAGACAAAUUACAAUCUUGUCAGUGAGACUUUGAUGUUCCUGGACUGCAUCUGUGGAUCAACGACUGGUGGACUGGGACUUCUUGGACUGUACAUCAAUGAGCAUAAUGUCUCCCUCAUAAACCAGACUCUGGAGACGCUCACAGAAUACUGCCAGGGUCCAUGUCAUGAGAAUCAGAAUUGUAUUGCAAUGCAUGAAUCCAAUGGCCUUCACAUCAUCACAGCUCUUAUUUUGAGUGAUAUUAACCCCCUUGCCAAGACACGCAUGGACCUGGUCUUGGAGCUGAAGAACAAUGCCUCAAAGCUGCUCUUGGCUAUCAUGGAGUCCAGGGCUGACUCUGAGAAUGCAGAACGCAUUCUUCAAAGCAUGAACAUUGAUCAACUGCUGUUUAGUUUAUAUCAAGAACUUGCAGAAGCUUUUCUUGAUGUUCUUACUGCCUACUUCAAGCUGCAAGCAGGCUACAACCAGUCUUCCUCCGGUUCCCUUCCGGGCCCGCCGUUUUCUAGAGGAAGGUCCGUUGGCCAGAUUGAGGAGCACGCCACAACAGCCAACCACGCCACAAGAGAACUACCAGACCAAGCACGUCGACCUCAUCCGAACAAUUAG